AUGGUCAAAAAAGCAUUCUUGAACUGCGGAAUAAGCGUACGCCCUGACGGGACUGAGGACUGGCUGAUCCGGAUCAAGGAUAUACCUUCUGAUCAGAUUGACUUCACUGGGUGGGAAGAAGCCGAGGAAGUCAUCGUUAAAGACGAGGACCCCGUGGAUCCCCUAUGCGACGACGAGGAAUUCCUUAUUGCCGACGAUGACGAGCUUCUUCUGCGUACACGAUAUCACGAAGAAGUCGUCAAGCAGCUGCAAGAGCGGCUACGGAAGAGGGGCCUCAGGGUAUCAGGGAAGAAGGCGGAUCUGAUCCAACGACUGCGAGAUGAUGAUGACUCGCAGAAACCUCGAGAAGGAGAUACGAUAUACAUUAGCUGA